UCACCAAUUUAAUGGAUGUUAAAUUCUAUUUCACAGAUUUAUGUCUGGGAGCCUGGAAAUGUCCGUUACUUGGGACAGUAUGUAGGCCGGGUUCAAGUAGCAAACAACACUGGAAAUGCAACCCUCUCCAUCUUCAACAUGCGGCCCUCAGACACUGGGCUUUAUAUGUGUUCGGUUUACAACUUCGAGGACGCUACCAACAAGCAAGAUGAAAAAUCAGUGUCGGUCAGCGUGUUAGUUCCUCCUUCAAAGCCGCUCUGCAAUUUUGGUUCAAGCCAUCAUCCUAAAGUUGAAAUUGGCCACUUGAUCACCUUAGCCUGCAUUUCGGAAACUGCUCUGCCAAAGCCAAUCUACAAGUGGUACAAAAUAACUGGAGAUAAACCGCAGCCUGUUACUGAAUCAUAUAAUCCUUACUCAGGGCGCCUGGUUCUAGGCAACCUGUCCCAGUUUGAAGAGGGUCAUUACCAGUGUACAGCUGUCAACUCUCUUGGGAACAGCUCCUGUCACAUUGACCUCACUACAAAACAUUCAGAAAGCGGCAUCAUUGUGGGAGCCAUAAUUGCGGCCAUUCUGGCUGCUGCCUUGAUUUGUAUCGUUGGUUGGAUUGUAAUCUCCAGAGAGAAGAAGAAGCGGAGAAAAGAGAAACCUGCAGCCAAGGAAAUGCAGUAAGUUUGUUGAGAGAUUUG